AUGGACAAAUCCAAACCCCUCGCCUCCCAGUCCGCCGACGACAUGCCCUCCGACCCCCCGCCCGACUACGCCACCGCGGCCGGCGAGCACGGCCUUCUGCCCAUCCGGCAACCCAACGGGCCCCCAGCACCAGCACCACCUGCGUCAUCCGCACAACAACAACAACAACAACAACCGCCGCGCCGGCCGCCACCGCCAAACGCCGCAGCACUCGACCUGCCCAUCCUCAAGUACAUGCGCACGCACCGCGUGAUCCUAGCCUCAGCCUCGCCGCGCCGCCGCGCGCUCCUCGCACAGAUCGGCCUGCCCAACAUUGAAGUGUUACCCAGCCUCAAGCCCGAGAACCUGCCCAAGGACGAGAUGGGGCCCUUCGAGUACGUGUCGGCGACGGCGCAGCAGAAGGCGCUGGACGUGUACGAGGCGGCCAUCGCGGCGGCUACAGAGGCGGCGCUGACCAAAAAGAGCGGUGACAAGAAUGGUGGUGACAAGAACGGUGAUGGGGAGGUCAAGGGUGAUCCGGACCUCGUGAUCAGCGCAGAUACCGUCAUCGUGACGCGCGACGGCGCGAUCCUCGAAAAGCCCGCCAGCGAGGCGGCGCACAGACGCAUGCUCCGCACGCUGCGCGACACGCGCGUCCACCGCGUGCUGACGGCCGUGUGCGCCGUCGCGCCGCGCGCCGACGCCGGACACCCCGGUUACGAGAUCUCGACGCACGUCGAGGAGACCAAGGUGUUCUUUGCGCGCGAGGACGACGGGCUGCCGGACGAGGUGCUGGACAGCUACGUGCGCACGCGCGAGGGCGUCGACAAGGCCGGCGGGUACGCGGUCCAGGGGAUUGGGGGAAUGGUGCUGGUCGAGCGCGUCGAGGGAAGCGUGGAUAAUGUCGUCGGGUUGCCGGUCAGGAAGUGUCUGCAGCUUUGCGAGAAGGUGGUCUUUCGGCAGGGCGAGGAGGAGGAGGGGGAGGAGGAUGAGAUUGAGGGGUGA